CUCUGCCUAUUCUUCAAGUGCUGUUAGUGGAGUGAAGAAGUGCAAGGGGCUGACAAAAAAUAGGGGGCCUAGAGAAUAGCUUGUUGGAAGGAAAGGGAACACCGACGCCCUCAGGACUGUUGCAGCUCUUUCGGAUCUCUUUCUGUUCAUCAAAACAGCAACCAUGCCACCAUCUCCGCACGCAGCCAACGAGCCCCUGGUGCCUCUUCCCGAGGACGCCUCUGAGCCCCGCUUGCCCACCAAGGAGGAGCUCAAGAAAAAGGAAGAGAAAGAGUUGAUGGAGGAGUUUUCUGGGGAGAUCGUCUGGUUCAACGCUAUUGGCUUUGUUAUCCUGCACGUGCUCUUCUUCAUCGGUGGUGUCCGAUGCCUCGGAACCAUCACCACCCUCUACCCGCUCACCCAAUGGAAAACCAUGUUUUGGGCCUUUUUCGUUGGCUUCCUCAGCGCGGAAGGCGUUCUGAUGGGAGCCCACAGACUGUACUCGCACAAAGCGUUCAAAGCGAACUGGAAACUGAGAGCGCUGCUGCUCUUCUGGCAUACGGUUGCCGGGCAGAACUGCAUGUACAUCUGGGUGAGAGACCACAGAUUGCACCACAAGUACAGCGACACGAACGCUGACCCGCACAACGCCCGCCGCGGCUUCUGGUACUCGCACGUCGGCUGGCUAGCCAUGAAAAAGCACCCACUCAUCAAGAUCAAAGGCCUGACCAUCGACAUGAGCGACAUCGAGAGAGACCCGCUGCUCAUGUUCCAAAAGAAUCACUACAAGAAGCUGUACGUCCUGUGUGCAAUCUUCCUGCCCGUCAUUGUGCCAAUCUACUUCUUCGACGAAUAUUGGCUUGACGCUCUCCUGACCGUCUACUUUACCAGGAGCAUCAUCGUGCUGAAUCUUACUUGGACCGUCAACAGUGCUGCUCACUUGUGGGGAACCAAGCCGUAUGAUAAGAACAUAAUGCCGAGGGAGAACAAAUGGGUGGGAAUGUGGGCGUUCGGAGAGGGUUGGCACAACUACCACCACGCAUUCCCCUGGGACUACCGGGCAGCCGAGCUGGCCGUGCACCACAGCUGGACGACGCAAUUGAUCGAGUUCUUCGCCAGGAUCGGCUGGGCCUACGACCUGAAAUUCGCUUCUGACCAAAUGAUCCACCGGAGAAUCCAGAGGACCGGCGACGGAACUGACAUCCACGGAUUCCACACCACAAAAAAAGAAUGCCACGAUCACAUAGAGGAAGCCGAGCCACACCCUGACGAAUCGGCAAAGGCGAAUAACAAUCACGUUGUUAGUAAUGGUAGUGCUCGGCAUCGGGCGUGAAUGUUGCUGUAGUUUUAAGUUAUUUUUUUAAUAAGAGAUGUUUGAUGAGCUCCAGCUUUGCGAAAAUGAGGUGAUAUAUUAUGUAUUCAGUUGUAAUAAACUUACGCAGCUCUGUAUCUUAUCAAAAAACA